CUCAUCAACACCUCUUCCUCUUUACAACCUGAAGUAAAGCAGCCAAGAUGUUGUAUUAUCUUGUUUGUGGAUUCGGCUACAUAAUACACUGUGACCACAAUGACUUCUGCUCCGGCUGGAGCUAGACACUUCAUUGUCUCCCUCAUAAAGGCUCCUCAGGGUCACAGACGUGUUCUCGGAUUUGCGACUGUACCAGCGUAUCAAAGGAGAUGGAAACAUGAUAUCCUCUUAUCAGAUUAACACAUGCAGGUCAAAAAAACCCUCCUAAAUGGGUUACCAUCGGUCCUCGAAACAAUUUCAUUUUACAAAAUGUCAUCCAGUUUUAGAACUUGAUAUAAUAAUAGAUAAUAAUAGAUUAAAAAAUAUUGACUUGAUGCAUUUUUGUCCUUGUAUGUGAUGCACACAUGUACAAUGUAGAUGGCGUUAGACUCACAGAUGUUAGUGGUGGUAACAGUAGGUAUGUCUCAGAAACACACCUGAUUUCUUUUAUUUGUCCUGUAGUCAUGUAAUUAAAUUGUUAAUGAAUGUUGAGCUGCAUUUUAAAAUCACGUUAAAAUCCAACCGACCUCUGCUGAAACGGAUUCAAACUGUUGUACAUAAUAAAUUCUAGACAAAUUGAUCUAAAGUAAAACCACCAAGCAUCAUUUACUCAAAAAAACAAGACAGGAGGACGAAGGUACAUUUUAAAGGUGAGCACAAAAAAAAAGGUUCAAGAUAAAUGGACAAAGGAUGAAAACUCUUACCUACAAUUUACCGACUGGAAAUUGACAAUGUUACUAAAAUCUGGUUGUGUUUUUCACAGCACUGAUGAUAAGAGCUUCACUGUGGACACUUCAGUUAAUGAAUCAUCCUGUGGCACAUUAAGUUCCUUUUUUUUAUUUAAUCAUUACUGGUCACUUCAUAGUCUCCGUGAUGGAAAACCCCCAAAAAGAAAGAAAGAAACGUAACGUGUCUGUCAUUGAAGGUUAUAAAUAUAAUAGCGUUUUUGGAUAUAGGAUAUAAUCCAGACAGUCUCAAGUGGUCAGUGUCUUCUGUAACCCACAAAUGCACAAAACAAUUGUAAAUUACCAGGAGGCGCAAAUGGACGAGAUCGUCUGGGAAGCCGGGGAAACAAUGAGACGCCGUGAACAAUGACAUGGAUUAAAGGCAGAGCAGCAGCCACGCGUGGCUCAUCACAGCGGCAGAUCUUGGCCUCGUCGUCAUCACCACCACCAUGAAAGUUCUCGGUGUGUGUCUCACAGUAGUAGGUAUCCUUCUGACCCUGAGUCAAGCCUUCCCGCUCAACUCCACCGGCUCCAUAGCGAAACAGAGCGGCCUGUGCGAGUUCGAUAAGCAGCAGUGCUCAAACGCCAUCGGAUCUUUCUGCCCCCAGUGCGACGCCAACGGGAACUUCCUCCCGCGACAGUGCUGGCCGUCGACCGGCUCCUGCUGGUGUGUCGACGUCAACAGUGGAAUUGAGAUAGCGAACACACUGACGCCACCGGGAGUCGUACCUGUUAAGUGUGGCAGGGGAAACUCCUGCCCCUACGGUUGGACCAGCUAUGCAAAAAGGUGUUUCAUCUUCAUUGACACCCCAAAGACGUGGACUGAAGCUGAGAUUUACUGCCAGUUUGAUGGGGCCAACCUGGCGUCAAUCCAAAGUUACGAGGAGAAUCACUUCCUCAUGUCACUGACCAGAGGAGACACCCACAACUUUCCCCAAACCUGGAUUGGCGGCUUUGAUGCCAUAGAACCCGGUUAUUGGAUGUGGAGCGAUGGCUCCAAGUUUUACUAUGAAAACUGGUACAACACCGACAAGAUGUACAAUCGGAACGAGACCUGUCUGAGGAUGAAUUACGGAUAUGACUUCAAGUGGUUCAACGACUACUGUACCGAGACUCACCCCUUUGUCUGUGCCAAGACAAUCUAAACACAGACCUGACAAUCACAAGCCCGGUCCAGUUCCUUAGUGACAUGUCAUGUACCCAACAGUUGGAGUAGUAGUCCUGUCUUUUCUUAAAUGUGAUCAGUAGAUAAUAUGCACACGGGUUUUACCCUUUUCAAAGAUAUAUCCAGCAUGCUGCAGGAGUUGUAAUUAUAAUGAUGAAUACAUUUAUAUGCUAAUAAACAUCUUCACAGCA